AUUUGUGUUACAUGUUUUUUUGUCUUUUGUCUGAAUCUCUCCCGUAUUCGAAACACAGAUCUCCGUUUCCUAAAGAAUCUUUCCGACUGGUUUCUUUUGCCGCAUCGAAUCUCGGAUCGUAGCCAUGAGCAGUGAAGGUUCCGCCGGAAAGGCGGCUGUUGAAGCCAAAGGAUUAAACCCGGGACUGAUAGUGCUGCUUGUUGUUGGAGGUCUGCUUGUGACAUUCCUGAUAGCCAAUUACGUGAUGUACAUGUAUGCUCAGAAGAAUCUACCCCCUAAGAAGAAGAAACCCAUCUCCAAAAAGAAGCUCAAGCGUGAGAAGCUCAAGCAGGGUGUCCCUGUGCCCGGUGAAUAGAUAUGAUUUCCAACUUCUUUCCCUUAACUUCUUCUUCAACUGUCUCCGUACCAGUUUUCUUUUCUUCUUGUAUUGACAAUGUCUAUGAGACUUCUUUUUUAUUGAGUGUAGAAACGACCCUUGUUUUUGCUUUGGUUAGACUUGGCAAUUUUAAUACAAAAGCUUGUGGUUUCCCCUUCUCA